UCCCCUCAGUGGUGUUCGCUGCACUUGUCACACUCCAUCCUGCUAUGGCAUCCGCGCUCCGGCCCCUCCGCUCCCUCAGCCGCGCCGCGCUGGAGCCCCGCGCCCGCCGCCUGCACCUCAGCGCCGCCCGGGAGGACGCCGUGGUGAUCUCGGGGAGGAAGCUGGCCCGGCAGAUCCGGCAGGAAGCGCGGCACGAGGUGCAGCAGUGGGUGGCUGCCGGCAACCGGAGGCCCCACCUGAGCGUGGUGCUGGUGGGGGAGAACCCGGCCAGCCACUCCUACGUCCUCAACAAAACCAAAGCGGCGGCUGAUGUGGGGAUCAGCAGCGAGACCAUCCUGAGGCCAGCCUCCAUCAGCGAGGAGGAGCUGCUGGAGCUGAUUGCCAGGCUCAACAGUGACACGGCCGUGGACGGGCUGCUGGUGCAGCUUCCCCUGCCUGAGCACAUCGACGAGCGCCGCGUCUGCAACGCCGUGAGCCCGCACAAGGACGUGGACGGGUUCCACGUGCUCAACGUGGGCAGGAUGUGCCUGGACCAGGACUCCAUGCUGCCCGCCACGCCCCGCGGCGUCUGGGAGAUCAUCCAGAGGACAGGGAUCCCCACGCUGGGCAGGAACGUGGUGGUGGCGGGCAGGUCCAAGAACGUGGGCAUGCCCAUCGCCAUGCUGCUGCACACCGACGGCCGCCACGAGCGCCCCGGAGGUGACGCCACGGUGACGAUCUCGCACCGCUACACGCCCAAGGAGCAGCUGAAGCAGCACACCAUCCGUGCUGACAUCGUGGUGGCAGCUGCAGGCAUCCCCAACCUGAUCACGGCCGACAUGGUGAAGGAGGGCGCGGCCGUGAUCGACGUGGGCAUCACCCGCGUGCAGGACCCGCUCACCGCCCGGCCCAGGCUCGUGGGGGACGUGGACUUCGAAGGGGUGCGGAAGAAGGCGAGCUACAUCACGCCGGUGCCCGGCGGCGUGGGGCCCAUGACGGUGGCCAUGCUGAUGAAGAACACCAUCAUCGCUGCCAAGAAGCUGCUGCAGGCCCAGGAGCCCCGGGCUCUGCCUGCCUAGCUGAGCCGGGCUUAGCGAGGGGCCCUCAGAGCCGGGCUUAGCGAGGGGCCCUCGGAGCUGGGCCUGGCCAGGGACCCCUGGAGCUGGCCUUAACGAGGGGUCCCUCAGAGCCAGGCCUAAGCAGGGCCCUCAGAGCCAGGCCUAAGCAGGGCCCAGCAGACUGACCCCCGCAGGCCGACAGGAAAUGCAAUAUUUGUUAUUUAUUGUCUUCACGAGGGGCCUUUCCCCACCCUGAGCUCACAGGUAUUUAUUGGCUGAGCUGGGAUUACCCAGACUCAGCUUUGUGUUUGAGCUGGGAUCAUCCACACUCCUGCUUUGUGUUUGAGCUGGGAUCACCCAGACUCAGUUUUUGCUUGGGCUGGGAUCACCCAGACUCAGUUUUAGCUUGGGCUGGGAUCACCCAGACUCAGUUUUUGCUUGGGCUGGGAUCCCCUGCCCGGCUCCCUCAGGAGCUCUCGGGAUCCUGGUGCUCCCAGUCCCCUCAGGCUGGAUCUGUAGUUUAAACUCAGUUUAAACUCUUCUUUAGAGGAAUUACUUGAACAAAAAUAUUAAACUAAAGCCAUACUUUAGUCCUGGGCUGGUGGAGCCUGUUCUAGAGUGCAGCUAGGCUGAGCUUUUCUUUGUUUUUGUACUGAUGGUGAAUUUUUUAAACCUGCUCUAGAGUGCAGCUAGGCCGAGCUUUUCUUUGUUUUUGUACUGAUGGUGAAUUUUUUAAACCUGCUCUAGAGUGCAGCUAGGCCGGGCUUUUCUCCCUUUUUGGGUUGAUGUGAAUUUUGUAAACCUGUUCUAGAGUGCAGCUAGGCCGGGCUUUUCUCCCUUUUUGGGUUGAUGUGAAUUUUUUAAGGCUUUUUUUGUAACCAAAGAACUCCUGGGCUGGGGGAGCUCUCCUGCCCUGGGUGUGAAGUGUGAGUAGCACAGGCUGGCAAAAUAAAGUGUGAGAAGACAAAAAA